CGAAAAUAAAAAUAAAAAUAAAAAUCACAGCUAUCACGCCCCCUCUCUCGCGCGGAAAUUUUUGUAGCGAAUCGAAUCCCGACUUUUUUCCCUCUGCUCCCACGAAUCGAUCAAUCCAACUUCAUACUCGAAUCUUUGAUUUUAUCGACUAUAUCAUGCUGGAAUAGGAGAAGCUGGAAGCUUGACUUUAUAAAUCUGGAUACUGCAAGCGAUCAAGGAAAUGUCCUGCAAUAAGAGUGAGCAUGUUCCAUUGUCGGUGUUGUUGAAGCGUGAAUCGGCGAAUCAAAAGGCUGAUAGGCCGGAGAUUGCUUGUGGUCAGGCUAACGAAUCUAAGAAAGGGGAAGACUUCGCAUUGAUCAAAACUGAAUGCCAACGCGUGUUGGGAGAUGGUGUUACCACUUAUUCUGUCUUUGGGAUAUUUGAUGGUCAUAAUGGGUCUGCAGCAGCUAUAUAUACUAAGGAGAACCUUUUGAACAAUGUUCUUUGUGCUAUUCCUCCCAAUCUGAAUCGUGAUGAAUGGGUGGCAGCCUUGCCUAGGGCUAUGGUUGCUGGUUUUGUGAAAACAGAUAAAGAUUUCCAAGAAAAAGCUCAAAUGUCAGGGACAACUGUCACAUUUGUAAUUGUUGAAGGAUUAAUAGUAACAGUAGCAUCAGUUGGGGAUUCCCGCUGCAUACUUGAAUCCGCUGAUGGCUCUGUAUAUUUUCUCUCAGCAGAUCACAGACUUGACACCAAUGAAGAAGAGCGGGAACGUGUCACUGCUAGUGGUGGUGAAGUUGGUCGCCUAAAUACCGGUGGUGGCACAGAGAUUGGUCCUUUAAGAUGUUGGCCAGGUGGGUUGUGCCUUUCAAGAUCUAUUGGAGAUAGAGAUGUUGGGGAGUUCAUUGUUCCAGUUCCUCAUGUUAAACAAGUGAAGCUAUCUUCUGCUGGAGGGCGGCUUGUAAUCUCAAGUGAUGGAGUCUGGGAUGCUCUUUCCGCCGAAUCAGCUCUGGAAUGCAGUCGCGGAUUGGCUCCGGAAUCAGCAGCAGCUCAUAUUGUCAAAGAAGCAGUACAAGCCAAAGGGCUACGAGACGAUACAACCUGCAUAGUGGUGGAUGUACUACCGCCGGAAAAGACAAAUCCGCCCUUGCCACCGCCAAAGAUGACCGGAAAAAGAGUUUUAAAGGCCAUGUUUAGGAAAAAGAGCAGUGAGGCUCCACCUCAUGUUGAUGAAGAGGAAUAUUAUGAACCGGAUUUAGUGGAGGAGCUUGUGGAGGAAGGAUCCGCCAUGCUUUCUCAACGGUUAGACACGAAAUAUCCGCUUUGUAACAUUUUCAGAUUAUUUAUCUGUGCUGUGUGUCAAAUUGAAAUGAAGCCUGGAGAAGGAAUUUCAAUACACCAUGGAUCGGCUAAUAUGAGCGGAAAGUCAAAACCAUGGGAUGGACCUUUUCUCUGUGUGAACUGCCAAUACAAAAAAGAUGCCAUGGAAGGGAAAAUAUCAUCAAAAAGAAGGUGAUUAGAAUUACGGUUGUACCCUUUACGAUUGUUUCGGAGUGAAGGAUAGAUGUGAAGACGAAAAAGAUUGUUGAGAUGAGUUCUUUUUUUCUAUCUCAAGGGGAAUUAUUCAGUUAUUGACUUAUAACAUUUGAAAAAAAAAAAAAAAAUUACUUAUUAGUAGAGAGAUAUAAUCUUUCUCCGACUUCUCUAACAAUGCAUAGAGCUAACAUUGUUUGUACUAUAUUUUAUAA